AUGGCGCUUCCCCCACGCCCUGUGCCUCUGAGAGGCCCCGGGGGUGGUGUGGGGGCCUCCUGGUGUGUGUGGGUUUGCUUAAGGACGGGUGUGAUCCAGUUCCAGGGCCUUCUCCUGGUCCUGGUCCUGGUCUUGGUUCGGUCCACUGCAGAUCUGGCUCCCCCUUCACUCAAGGAAGCAGGUGGAGCAGGCUGGAGCUGGUGUCUCCUCACAUGGGACUUCUCUGGCGCCCUCUGCUGGCAGACGUGUGUCAUGGCGGGGGCCAGGGAGCGCGGCUCUCGACUCCAGAGGCCGUGGUCCGUGUACAGAGCCAGCACUUUGGAGCUGUCCAACGAGAUGCUGGGGCUGGCCCUGGCCGGAAACAGCCAAGACCCAGACGAGCCGGUGCUGGAGUUGGCUUUGGCCUGUUCGGACCUGGUGACCCCGGCCGUGGACCGCAAACCCAACACCUUCAUCGCCGUGAGCACCACCACCCCCCCCCAGGUGUUCUGGACCAAGCACAGCCAGACCGAGGUGAUGGAGGGCACCAAUAACCCGAGCUUCCUGAGCAGCGUGGCCUUCUUCCAGGACUCCAGCCUCAGCCAACACACUCAGAUCAAACUUGCUGUUUACGACGUCAAGGAGCGCUCCCAGGGCACGAUGUACAUGUUGGGCUCUGCACUGUUCCCGCUCAAAGAACUGCUGCAGGACCAGACGGGACAACUGCAACUGGAGCUCAGGUUGGGUGAGGUCGGGUGGAGUCGGGUGAGGUUGGUGAGUUGGGUGGGGUUGGGUGAGGUUGGGUGGGGUUGGGUGAGGUUGGGUGAGGUCGGGUGGAGUCGGGUGCAGGUUGGGUGGAGUCGGGUCGGGUGGAGUCGGGUGAGGUUGGGUGAGGUUGGGGUGCAGGUCGGGUGGAGAGGUUGGGUGGGGUCGGGUGAGGUUGGGUGGGGUUGGGUGGGGUUGGGUGAGGUUGGGUGGGGUCGGGUGGAGUCGGGUGAGGUCGGGUGGAGUCGGGUGAGGUCGGGUGGAGUCGGAUCGCCAGAGAACCAGCGAGUGGGCGUGGUCCUGGUGCGUCCGUGGGGGAGGGAGGAGCGGGUGGACUGGAGGCUGUCUGCGGGACACUUCAGGGAGAACACACGGACGGUGCUGCCCGUGGACCAGAGCCUCACCGAGUCUGUGGGAGCGCGCCUCAAGUACGCCUCUCUGGGCCACGACUCUCUGCUGCGUUCAGUGUUCGGAGGCACCAUGUCGCGCAUGUACCGUGUGCCGCGCACCAACGGCUCGCAGCUGCGCGUCCUGGAGCAGAUGGCGGAGAGCGCGCUGUCCCUGAACGUGCCUCGCCAGCUGCUCCGCCUGCUGCUGGAGGAGGACGCCACCAGAGUGAGUGAGCUGGAGCAGUUGGGGGAGCUGUCUCCGUGUUGGGAGAACCUCCGGAAGCAGAUCGUGUCCCACUUCCACAGCAACAUCCUGUCGUACCAGGAAGCCCAGGCCCAGCUCUGCUCCUACAGAGGUGACUCUGCUGUGCAUGGGAGGCGUGUUUAUAGACCUGCGUCACCUCCUACAGAGGUGACUCUGCUGUGCAUGGGAGGUGUGUUUAUAGACCUGCGUCACGUAAAGCCAGACGACUGUUCCAGAUAG